GGGGCCCGGCCCGUUUGGUUGCUAUGGCGACGGCCCGCUUGGCCGGGGCCCUGAGGGCCACCGCUGCCGGAGGCGGGGGACUGCGAGGCCUCCGCAGCGCCGGGGACCCCCGCAGGCUGAGCGGCAGCGCGCGGCGGCGGGCGGCCAGGGGCGCCAGCCCGGGACGGAGGCUCAGCACCGCCCGGGCCCCGGCUCAGCCCGCUCCCGACGAGGCCGAGGGCGCGGAGGACGGCGUCCCCUCGCCCGCCGUCCAGGAGCCGUCGUGGACGCCGCCGCGCGCGCCCGCGGUGCCCCCGGAGUCCCCCGGGCCGGCGGGCGGCCGCUCGCUCGUGCAGAGGGACAUCCAGGCCUUCCUGACCCAGUGCGGGGCCAGCCCCGGGGAGGCGCGCCACUGGCUGACGCAGUUCCAGGCCGGCCACCACCCCUCCGACAAGCCCUUCGCCGUCAUCGAGGUGGAGGAAGAAGUGCUCCUGAGCCCGGAGGCCGUGUCCACCCUGGCCUUCGCGCUGGCCUUCCUGCAGCGCAUGGACAUGAAGCCGCUGGUGGUGCUGGGGCUGCCCACGCCCACGGCCCCCUCGGGUUGUCUUUCCUUCUGGGAGGCCAAGGCGCAGCUGGCCCAGAACUGUAAGGUGCUGGUGGACGCCCUGAGGCACAACGCCGCCCCUGCCGUGCCCUUUUUUGGCGGGGGAUCAGUGCUGAGUGCAGCUGAGCCUGCCCCGCACGCCAGCUACGGCGGCGUGGUCUCCGUGGAGACCGACCUGCUGCAGUGGUGCCUGGAGUCGGGCAGCAUCCCCAUCCUGUGCCCCAUCGGGGAGACGACCGCGCGCCGCUCGGUACUCCUCGACUCGCUGGAGGUGACAGCGUCGCUGGCUAAGGCGCUGCAGCCCACCAAAAUCAUCUUCCUCAAUACUACCGGCGGCCUGCGGGACAGCAGUCACACGGUCCUGAGUAAAGUGAACUUGCCGGGUGAUCUGGACCUGGUGACCAAUGCCGAGUGGAUGAGCACCAAGGAACGGCAGCAGAUACGGCUCAUCGUGGACGUACUCAGCCGCAUGCCCCACCACGCCUCUGCCGUCAUCACCGACGCCAGCUCGCUGCUCACUGAGCUCUUCAGCAACAAGGGCCGGGGCACCCUGUUCAAGAACGCCGAGCGGAUGCUGCGAGUGCGCAGCCUGGACAGCCUGGACCAGCGCCGCCUGGUGACCCUGGUGAACACCAGCUUCGGCAAGAGGCUCCGCGACGACUACUUGGCCAACCUGCGCCCGCGGCUGCACUCCAUCUACUUCUCCGAGGGGUACAACGCGGCCGCCAUCCUGACCAUGGAGCCCGUCCUGGGGGGCACCCCGUAUCUGGACAAGUUUGUGGUGAGCUCCAGUCGUCAAGGCCAAGGCUCCGGGCAGAUGCUGUGGGAAUGCCUGCGCCGGGACCUGCAGACGCUCUUCUGGCGCUCCCGGGUCACCAACCCCAUCAACCCGUGGUACUUCAAACACAGCGAUGGCAGCUUCUCCAACAAGCAGUGGAUCUUUUUCUGGUUUGGCCUGGCUGAUAUCCGGGACUCCUAUGAGCUGGUGAACCAUGCCAAAGGGCUGCCGGACUCCUUCUGCAAGCCAGCUUCUGACCCAGGCAGCUGACCCUCACCACCAGCCAUCCUGGGCCAGCCAGAGCGGACUGGAGGCGACCCCAGGCUAGACAGUGAUCUGGAGACAACCCUAUUCUAUAUAUUGUCCAGAGGCGGGUGCCCGAGCCGGGAAGCCCAGCAGGCAGCAACCCACCGGAGCCCACACGUGUCCCAAAGCCAUGGCUCUCCGCCUCAGCUUCCAGUCUAGGGAACUAGAGGGGGUCAGGGGCCUUAAAGCCGAACCUCAGGGGUCUCUGUGUGGCCCCAAGGCCCCCUCGCAGUCGGCUGGCUAUUCCACCUCUCGUUUGAUAAUUCCAUUGGGUCUUACAACUUUCCCGGAGGCCUUGAUUAAAACCCAAAGACAUGUCGGAGAGUCAGCUCACGCUUGGAAGGAAACGGCCAGUGCCCCUCUGCGAGCAUGUUCUCAAGGGCUGAGGACCCAGGGGCUUGAGAGGGAACUGAGGUGCCAGUGACAUCUUUCUCCUCUUUGGGGCGUCAGCAGCCCCAGCCCCUGCAAUCCACACACCACACAGACAGCCGCCCCAGCUGCUUUCUCAGGAGAGGCUCAGAGCUGAGUUUCGGCUGCUUCCUCUGAGGCCUCUCUGGAAUUCUAGCUCGGUCUUCGUGGGGUGGAAUGGUCAGAAGUCCAGAGCAGGGGCUGGAGCAGUAGCACAGUGGGUAGGGUGUUUGCCUUGCACACGGCCAACGCGGGUUCGAUUCCCAGCAUCCCAUAUGGUCCCCCGAGCACUGCCAGGGGUAAUUCCUGAGUACAGAGCCAGGAGUAACCCCUAAGCAUUGCCAGGGGUGACCAAAAAAAAAAAAAAUCCAGAGCAGGACAUCUCCUUGACGCUUCCCAACCCUCACAAUGUGCCCGGUACCAGACUAGCUAUUGGGGCUACUCUCUGGGGAGGCUAUCCCAGGGGCUGUGACAUGAGCUGCCCUUGGGAGAGGGGUGAUAUGAAGGGCACAGCUGGGCCGCAGCAGCAGACAGGAGCAACCUAGAGCCCAGCUCUGUGGCUCAAAGGCAGCCGCUUCACCCUGAGCCUCCUCUUCCUCCUGCCAAAUGCUCAGCCUGAAAGUAGACCACAUCACUUCCCUCCUUCUAGCUGCCCUUACCAGAGGGUUUUCUAGUAGCCUAAAAGAACUGACAAGUGACAAGAGGGACUGUGUGAGGUUAAAGGCCCAGACUCCAGGGAGGAGGAGAUUUGCAGAGAGGAGGAAUGUGGGGACUCUGAGAACAGGACACACACACACAGAGAUUCGCAAAGAGAGGAGGAAUGUGGGGACUCUGAGAACAGGACACACACACACACAGAGAUUCGCAAAGAGAGGAGGAAUGUGGGGAUUCUAAGAACAGGACAUACACACACGCCACACACAGUCACAGUAGGACAAAGGUGGGGCCUGAUCAGACACAAUCUUGCUAAGUCCAAUGUCAGUCCCAGCCAAUGGCCUCAUGCCCUCUGGGGAAAACAAAGGCGCAAAGUCAGAUAUCUAUAUAAAAUGUUUAUUUUUGGAAGAC